AUGUCUUAAUCAUAUUUUUCCGGUCUUAUGAGUUGGGUGAAAAAGCACAACGGUAAUAACCAAUUGGUUAUUGGUCAGAGAUCCAUCAGUCUUUUCAUCUUGAAGAUGUAUUUACAUGACAGAUUAGUCUAGAAAUCCUUAUACAAAUUGAAUUCGAACUAAUCAAUUCAAUUCAAGGAUUCGAUUGAACAAAUAUGCUAAAUCUCUGAAUAAAAUUAAAAAAAUAAUUUUGAGGAAAAACUGUUAUCUUAACUUACUCUCGUGGAUUAGGAUGAAAUAUUCGAUACGAUCUGUAUCAGAGGAGAUAUGAUUAGUAUAAUCACUUUGCUUAGGGAUUGUUCCAAUGGCAAGGCUUUUACAGAGUAACUAAAGAUUAUUGAAAAUAAUAAACAGUUGAAGGUUCAAGAUGCUACUUGGUUUGAUUCUACUCAACCUUAGAGCUGUCUAAAUUGGAUAAUAAAUGAGUUUGAAAAGUAGGUCACUUUGCUCUAUUAUAAACACAUUAACUUCAUCAAUCACGAAUGCAUCUAAUAGUAUUGGAUAAACAAUGGAAACAACAUAAGGAAGAAGGUAUCUGAAUGUAUUUCAAGUGUCAUUCGACCAGAUCAGAAUAUUCUCCUUUAAUAAUACUCUAAUUUCAUUAAGGAUCACUCAAUCAAUGUUCAAACCAUUCAGAGUAAGCUUAAUGACAAUUUGAUUGAAUCCAUAUUCUAUUUACCCUUGCACACUGCAUUAACUCUUUAAGGUUUCUGUGAAAAAUUGGUGCUUCAAAUCAUUCGAGAAUCAUAUAAGCAAUCAAUUCUAUUGGAAUUGGAAUGUUUAACUAAGAAUGAUCAAAAUAUGCAACCGCAAUAAUUGGCUUAAUAGAAGUUAAAGAAAAAGAAGAAAUAAAAUAAGCAAAAGAAGUUAGUGCAAUAAGUAAUCUAAGAAUAAUUGCAGGUUGUUGUUUAGAAAGAGUAGGAGAAUCAAGAAGUUACUACGUAUGAUAAUCAAGACACUGAGGAUUGGAUUAUAGUGACUAAAAAUAAAAAAUAGAAAUGCCCUAAUCAUACAAAUCAGUCAUGUAAUAUUAAGGAAAAAUAAUAAGAAUAAUAGGAACAAUACCCUUAAAUAUAAGAUUCUAAGAUUUCUAUGGAGAUUGAGGAAGUUAACAAGAAUAGUAUUCAGUUAUAAUAAGAAGAAAAAGUUUAGCAAUAAGAAUAAUUAUAAAAUUAGGAGUAAUAAUAAUAAUUAAAUUAAUUAUAAUAAUAAAAAUUAGAGGAAUCAGAUUAAUAAUAAAAAUAAUAAUCAUAUGAAUAGAGUUUAAUCACUCCUGAGAAGAAAAAGCCUAAUAGAAAGAAUCUAGUGUUACCUAAGAAGGUUGAAUAAAAUGAAGACCCCAUUGAUGAAAAUCUUAUGAAUCAAGCCUUUUAAUAAAUGAUCAAAAAGUUAGAUCUCGACAUUAAGGAAUUUACAGAUUAGAUCAGAAGGGAGAAUGAUUAGCAAUUUCCAAUAAGAUAACUAAUUUUCAAUAGAAUUUAAUUCACAAUUUAAUUAUUAUUUAAGGAAGCAGGUGUGUGUCUGUUUGGAUCAUGUGUCACAAGAUUGGCACUCCCUGAUAGUGACAUUGAUAUAGGGAUCACUGGACUGGAAACUCAUUUAUUAAACUAAAAGAUGGAUGCGAUAAUUGAGUUCUUGAGUAAAAUGAAUUGGGUCAAACGUAUUAAACCAAUCUAUCCCACUUAAACUACUCUGCCUCUCAUCAAACUAUGGGUGGAUCCUAGUAUUCCCUUUAGAAGUGGGAAUAUGAACUUGCCUCAUAUCGAUCUGGUUUGCCAAUCACAGUUGAUUUAGGUAGAUAUCAGUUUCUUUGGACACAUCUAGCAUUAGGGACUGACAUCAACUGAACUCACGUGUUAUUGGCUGCAAGAAUACUAGGAGUUAAAAACUAUAACACUUUUAUUUAAAAGUUUGCUUAAAAAGAGAGGAUUAAACGAUUAAUCUAAAGGUGGAAUUUCAUCGUUCUGCUUAGUACUAAUAGUUGUGGCCUUUCUGGAGUACCAUUAUUAAUAAAACGCUGGCUUCCAAUCAAUUGGAUUGGCUACUUACAAAUUUCUAGAAUUCUACGGCACAAAAUUCAAUCCUCAUUCGAUGGGAAUUUUUUAUAAGGGUUUUGACUAGAAUCCAUUUUUUUAUUUGGAAAAAGAUGACUUCUAGUUGACAAUAGUUAGUCCCAUAACCUAUGAUAUUAUUAGUCAGAGUAGUUCAUUUGUUUAGACCAUACUUCAAGAUAUCAAUGGACUAUUUAAUGCAUGCGAAAAUGAAACCAAAUUCUUCUAUGAGAAGGCGAAAUUCAACAAGAAGAAACGAGGGAAGAAGGAGGAACGAAAUCUGUUUUAUAAGGAAUUUGCAAAACUCACACCACUAUUUAGUACUUGA